AUGGCAUUCGCGUAUUUGCAAGUUGCGCCUCUAAUGGCUGGCGGCAGACAGGAGGGAAGAGCAUCAGCUGCAGCAGCUACUGCUGCCUCCGCUGGCGAUGUGCUGCGAGCUGCACUUGCCCUCCUUGUCGCCGCAGAUGGAGUUUCUCCACUCUGUGCAGCUGCACGAAGAGUGCGAGAAAAACGACCACAGGGCUGCAGUGGCGGCCAUGACGCCGAUGCAGCGGCUUCUGCCGCUCCACCAGCCUUGGCUGGUGGUGCUGGUGAUGAUCAACAGCAGCAGCAAUGCAGGCACAACAGUACCAGAAGGGCCGCUGCGACGGUUUUUUCUAAUUUUGCCGCUGCAAACGAAGAAGCCGAAGAUUCGCGCACCCUAACCAUGUUCUGUGUAUGCAGCCCGGGGGUCGAGUCGCUGCUAGCUCGGGAGUUGCAGCUAUUACUGUUAUCUCCGCAGUCGCACUUGGCCGCUGCUUCUGAAGCUGCAGCAAGGGGCGACUCUGCAGCAGCAACUGCAGCGGCAGCUGCAGCGGAUGCCGCAGCGGCAGCCUCCUCCGUGCUCUCCGUGGAUGUACAAGAGGGCGGCAUAGCAGUCAGGGGUCCCCCUGAGCUCCUGUGGAAUAUUGCUCUCCGGAGGUGUGUCCAUGAUGCUGCUGCUGCUUCUGCUGCUGCUGCUUCUGCUGCUGCUUCUGCUGCUGCUGCUUCUGCUGCUGCUGCUUCUGCUGCUGCUGCGCUUGGUGCGGUCUUUCCUCUUGAGGAUAGAAGCACGGACGGGGGAGCUGAGACAGGCGUUCCAGAAGAAGUAGAAGCAGCAGUUGUAUUAACCAGUGCUGUUGCAGUGCGGGCUGUGAUGGCAACUACUGCUUUUUCUCCAUCUGGUGCUCCUGCUCUUACUGCUGCCACCGUUUAUCAGGCUUCCUCUAACGCGUCUCGGCUGUAUAGCCGCUCCCUGGUCUCCUCCGCGGUCCUGGACGGCUUGAAGGAGAGAAGAAGGCGCUUGCUGCAGCAUGCAGAGCUGCCCGAUGCACUUCCCAGCUCCAUGCAAAAGAGAGGAGCCACCACCGCUAAACUUUUGUUGCAAUCCUUCCGCUGGGCACAAGAGGCGAGGCGGCCUCUGUCACCGUUGUUCGGGUUAUCCCCUGUAUUUUCGGUAGGCUGUGUGUGCGCCUCUCAAAGAUGGUCUCGCUCUUAUCUGCGCUUGUUUACGGCCUCCGUGCAUCGCAGCUGGUUCAGGCGCGUCAAAAAUUCACGUUCUUCUCCGACACAACAUCUGCUAUGUCCGCCUUGCACUGCUACGGCUAAUUGCGCUCCUACGGCUAAUUGCGCUCCUACGGCUAAUUGCGCUGCUACGGCUAAUUGCGUUACUACGGCUAAUUGCGCUGCUACGGCUAAUUGCGCUGCUACGGCUAAGCUUCUCGCGGAGACUUUGGCAGCAGCAGCCGUCUUUCUUUCGCCAAUACUGAACCGACUUAGCCUGCAAGAUAGGUCAGUGCAGGCGAGCGGAUGGCGAGCUGCUGGCUCUUGUUUCCGUCGUGCCGUUCCAGUCUGCCCUUCUUCCCCUAUGCCACGCGUGCCUGUCGUACCUCUGUCUCUUCGCCAUUCUCCUGUCAAAGCGCAUGCAUGGCCUGUGCGGUUGCGAUUGCCCGGGGAUCCGUGCCGCUCUAGGUGGCCUCGCGUAAAUCUGUACUUGCACCCAUGA